GUUUUAGGCGAAUCACUGACUUUGUUGUGCUACUGAGUGAGAUAUAGAAUCUAGUUCUACAGCAAUCAACACUCAUUGACUAACCUAUAGAUUCUAGAAUCGAGAUCUAGAUCUAUAAUAUUAAACUAAAUUGUUAAAUUAAACAUGGAUUUUCAUCAAUUAAUGAACAUAGCUGCUUCAAAACAGGAAAACCUGAGCAAAACUAAAGUCGCCCGCUACAGCCUAGAUCUACCUGCACCCAAAAAAGAAGAGAAAAAAACAAAGCCCAAGUCAAAAAUUGUUCAAAGUCUCAUAAAAGAGAAAGAACAGGAAAGAGAGGCAAGUGAAAAAAAAAACGUCUUUAAAAUUCCUAAAAAAACUUCGGUUGAUAAAGACGAAUUUAUAAAAUCUUUAUUUGACGACGGUGAUGGACCAUCAGGCCUGAAGAGUAAACCAAUUGAAGCCACUAAAAUAGCCGAAGUCUCAAGACAUGGGACAGGUGAUUCCAAACAUGGGACAGGUGAUUCCAAACAUGGGACAGGUGAUUCCAAACGUGGGACAGGUGAUUCCAAACAUGGGACAGGUGAUUCCAAACAUGGGACAGGUGAUUCCAAACAUGGGACAGGUGAUUCCAAACAUGGGACAGGUGAUUCCAAACAUGGGACAGGUGAUUCCAAAUUGCGGGCUGGCAAGUCCAAGCUCAUUCCCAACAAACAUGAGAAGCAUAAAGACUUACCUUCUCCCUCUAAUUGCGUGCCCUCUACAACAAUCCAGACAAAACAUGAAGGAUUAUCAGAGAGAGAAAAAAUACUGGCCAAACUGCAAGCCAUUAAACAAAGAACUCUAGAAGCCAUUCAUAAAGAAAAUGCCAUGAAAGGCAGGCGGCCAAAAGGAGAGAAGUCACAGAGAAAGUCAUCUAAAUCUGAUGACAAACAUGAAGACAAAGCAAAGUCAGCUGAAAUAGUUCGAGAUGAUGUGUCCUCUGAUGAUGAACUGGUACCCGCGGCUCUAGAUGUCAUGCUGUCAGAAAGAAAUGCUAAAUUAGAAAAAGAAAAAAUUGCACGCAUGGCCAAACAAGCAUGGGAGAGAGCCACCAAGAAACCAGAAGAAAAAAAUUCAUUGGGUACAUCAAGUCGUAAGUCAUCUUUAAAUUCAUCAAGUCGUAAGUCAUCUUUAAAUUCAUCUAGUCACAAGCUAUCUGUUAUGAAAAAAGCAUCCAAGAAAACAAAACACAAGGACAAAAGUGACUUAAGUAAUCUGAAGUCAUCCUCAAAAAGUGACUUGUCUAUAUUUCCUAAACCUAAGCGUAAUCUGAAGUCAUCGUCAAAGCAAGUGCGGCCGCCUCCUAUGGAUUUUAAAUCUAUUCUAGCCAUGGCUGAAGAAAAACAAAAGGAACCGCCUAAAGCUGUAGUUGUAGUGAAAAAAAAGGAAGAAGAAGAUAGACCUCUUACACAAGAGGAAAAAGAUCGCAAGGAAAGACAAAAAUCCCAAGCCUAUCAGGCUUGGCUAAGGGUUGGUGGGGAGCGGCCAGGUGAGGACCCCCACGCAACCAGCAGCACAUCCGACAAACUCACAGCAGGCAAGAAUGGCUUAGCCAAGAAAUCUGAUUUAACUGGUAAUGGCUUAGCCAAGAAAUCUGAUUUAACUGGCAAUGGCUUAGCCAAGAAAUCUGAUUUAACUGGCAAUGGCUUAGCCAAGAAAUCUGAUUUAACUGGUAAUGGCUUAGCCAAGAAAUCUGUGAAUAAAACUGUUUUAGUUUGUGGCUCACCACAAGACACAAGCAACCCUUUUGAUCGUAUUAUGAAACAAGUUCACAGAAAACGACCAACUGACCAUUCCUCCUCAGAUAUCCCUAAAAAAGUGGGGCGCAUUAUUGAUUCUGAUGAAGACUCUGAUUUGGAUGGAUUUAUUGAUGAUGGGGAUGAUGGGGAACUUGAUUAUUCUAAAGAGAUUCAAAAAUUAUUUGGAUAUAACAAGAACAAAUACAAAGAUGAAGAGGAUGAUGACUUAAAUGACAUGGAGGCUGAUUAUUCUACUGUGAUGAGGGAGGAGAAACGAAGUGCUAAGCUUGGCCUGAUGGAAGACUUGGAGGACAUUAGGAGGGAACAAGAGGAAUUAAAGAGAAAAGCUCUCUUGAAAAAGCGGACUAAAAAAUAGUUAUAAAAACAAGUUUUUGUAUACAAGUUGGUUGCCUACAUAUUGUAUACAAGUUGGUUGCCUGCAUAUUGUAUACAAGUCGGUUGCCUACGUGUUGUAUACAAGUUGGUUGCCUACAUAUUGUAUACAAGUUGGUUGCCUACAUAUUGUAUACAAGUUGGUUGCCUGCAUAUUGUAUACAAGUCGGUUGCCUACGUGUUGUAUACAAGUUGGUUGCCUGCAUGUUGUAUACAAGUUGGUUGCCUACAAGUUGGUUGCCUACAUAUUGUAUACAAGUUGGUUGCCUGCAUAUUGUAUACAAGUCGGUUGCCUACGUGUUGUAUACAAGUUGGUUGCCUGCAUGUUGUAUACAAGUUGGUUGCCUACAAGUUGGUUGCCUGCAUAUUGUAUACAAGUUGGUUGCCUACAAGUUGGUUGCCUACAUAUUGUAUACAAAUUGGUUGCCUACAAAUACUAUACAAGUUAGUUGCCUACAUGUUGUAUACAAGUUGGUUGCCUACAUGUUGUAUACAAGUUGGUUGCCUACAUGUUGUAUACAAGUUGGUUGCCUACAAGUUGGUUGCCUACAUAUUGUAUACAAAUUGGUUGCCUACAAAUACUAUACAAGUUAGUUGCCUACAUGUUGUAUACAAGUUGGUUGCCUACAUGUUGUAUACAAGUUGGUUGCCUACAUGUUGUAUACAAGUUGGUUGCCUACAUGUUGUAUACAAGUUGGCUGCCUUCCUAGAGCUGACAUGUGUACUAUGUUACAGCUGCAGUGAUUUAGCUGGUACACAAUCUGCUAACUCUUAUUAUGUCUAGUGUUUCAUCAAACAACAUGAGAGAUUUGAUGAGCAACCCAAAGCAUUGACUAACUCUUAUUAUGUCUAGUGUUUCAUCAAACAACAUGAGAGAUUUGAUGAGCAACCCAAGGGUUAGGGUUGCAUUCAGAACUGAUUCUUCUACAGGAUUGUUAUUUUAGUUUCUACUUUUUAAUAUCUAAGGCCUUUAAAGCUGUAAUAGUAAAUGGAUAUAGGUUUUAAAAACAUUGAGUACCAUAUUUAAUGUGUCCCAUCUCUUUAUAAUAAGUGUCAGGCAAUCUUUCUGUGGUUAACUGUCAUCUAACCUGACUGAGAUCAGAUGACCUGACUGACUGAGAUCAGAUGACCUGACUGACUGAGAUCAGAUGACCUGACUGAGAUCAGAUGACCUGACUGAGAUCAGAUGACCUGACUGAGAUCAGAUGACCUGACUGAGAUCAGAUGACCUGACUGAGAUCAGAUGACCUGACUGAUUAAGAUCAGAUGACCUGGGUUAUUGCUACUAGCCGCCCCAUUUAGUUAUCGGCUGUCAUGUGUACAUAUAUCUGAUGAGAUUUAAAUGAGACAUUUUUGUGAUUAGAACUAAUCUGGGAAGUUUGAAAGAAAAGCUUCAUCUGGGUCCAAAUGACACAGUGACUAAGUCCAAUAAACUUGUAAAAAAUAGUAGAAAUCUUCUCAACUCAUCCACAGUAACUUAUGAGUAAUUUAUUUUUUACUCUAAGACAAAAUGAUGGUGCAAUAAAACAGCUUGUGACUGUUGGUUUACAAGACUGAUAAUAUGUUCGUGUGAUAGGGGUAGGGGUCGACAUU